CUGCCGGACUUUAUAAUAAUCCCAAAUCAAGGAAGUUGCUAGUUCGUAUUUUAUGGCUUCUGACAUUGGACGAUAGCCAAGGCAAUAUUUCGCGAGUGUUUGAAACUUACAAUAAUAAGAGCGAAGUUCCUACAUGGUAUUGGAUAACUUUUAUCCCGCAGCUCAUCGUCUGUCUGAUGCAUAAAGAAGCAAGACAUGCACGUACUAUUCUCAUGAAGAUUGCCAAACAAUAUCCACAGGCUUUACACUUCCAAUUGAGAACAGCCAAAGAAGAGUACAAACUUAUUAAAAAACAGGCAGCUAUAGCUGCCGCACAAGCUCGCGCUGGUCAAAUGGCAGCGUCUAAAGUGAAUGCACCGGGAACGCCAACUUCCAUGACGCAAAUGCCUUCUACCACUUCCGGAAAUGAGGGAAUACCAUUGCCAUCUACACCACAAAUAAAUCCCAGUGUUAUGAAUGGAGGUGGACAUUCUCGAUCUGUCCAAGCAAGUCCGGAACAAUCAAGUCCUAUUCAAACGAGUCCUGGCCAGAUAACCCCUCAAGUAAUUAACAAUCCGAUACCCCAAAGUCCAGCCAUGCAGAUUGGAAACGGUUCUAUGAACGGCAUGGCUGCAUCACCACCAAACAUUUCAUCACAAACAACAAAUGUAGUUUCUAAUGGAGCUUCUCCUGGCGUUCCCGGCACUCCUCUGAAUAGCCAUGCUUCGAUUCCGGGUACACCUUCGAACAAUCAUGUAUUACCGACCACCCCAACUAAUGGCACACAAAAUCAGGGAACAAGUAAUACAACAAAUGGUACCCAAAAUCACAUUCCUUCAACGCCAACAAACGGAACAACGUCGAACAAUUUGCCUCAAACUCCGACAAGCAAUAACAUGUCUGCGACCCCAACAAACGCUAAUAUUCAAGUUCACGUUCCAUCAACACCAACGACCGGAGGGAUUCAGAAUCACAUAAAUGGAGCGACGGUGAGCAACGUCGAACCCGGAAGAUCUCCGAUAAUAAAUGGUCCUAUUAAUAUGCAAAACUUUCCUUCAACGCCGCAACCUCAACAACCAAUAUCUAAGCAACCAUGGGAACAUGUUGAAGAUAUUAU